AUGCCCGUCAAAGUCAUCACCACAGAACUCGGGCACUCUCUCCCACCAGAGCAGCCUCACAACAUCACCUUUCACAUUCCCGGCUGGGAGACAGCCAAAGCCCUCCGCAGAGGUGACCCAAACCUCUUGUCUAAACUCAGCUCCAUCUACCCCCGUUUCGGCCCAUGGUGUGAAGUGCGUCAGCUCUCAACCGCCCUCCACAAAGCCCUCUCCCUCCCAGAAACCUACGGCCUCAUCAUCUUCGUCCACCCCGACUCCUUCACCACCGCCCAACGCUACUCCUCCGACGGCAAAUGGCGCAAACCGGAGCACCUCGUCCCCCCAUCCGACCUCUGGUUCCGCGUAGUCGAAAUCCCCAUUUCUUCCGAGGACAAAGUCAGGCUGUAUAUCACCGCCUUCCCCCAAAAGCACGCCCCGGGGGUAGUAGGCACAUGGCAAAACUAUGGCUGCGGCAUCUCCUCCCGCCUAGCCGCCGCCUGCCUUGCCCACCUUGACUCCCUUGCCAUCCUCCCAUUUACCGCCACCGGCGCGGACGAUGUCUCCCUCCCCAACAUCCCCGAACCAACCUAUCUCCCCCUGACCGAAGCCCACACCGGCCUCAAGUCUCGCAUCGUCGAGCUAGCUCAACGCUCUCCGCUCGACAAGGAGAAAGCGAAUUUAUUGUCACCGGAGAAUGUCUUCCUUUACCCUACUGGCAUGGCCGCCGUGUGGAGGUUGCACAACGCGCUUAUCACCCUUCGUCCAGAAGGGGAGAUUGUCGUUUUGGGGAGUGUGUUCCACAACAGCUACCACCUCUUCGAGGAGUCACCCAACGGGAUGAAGCACUUUGGGAGCUGUGACGCAAAGUCGAAUCUGUUUGACGAAUUGGAAAAGUAUCUGGAGGGGGAGAAACAAAAAGGGGGGAGGCCGGCGUAUUGCUUUGCCGAGUUCCCUUCUAAUCCGAUUCUGGUCUCGGUUGAUUUGCUUAGGUUGAGGAAACUGGCCGAUAAAUACGACUUCCCUAUCAUCAUAGACGACACAAUCGGCUCCUUCGCCAAUAUCGACGUCCUCCCCGUCGCCGACGUCAUCGUAACCUCCAUAACCAAGUCCCUCUCCGGAUACGCCAACUGCAUGGGCGGCUCCCUCCUCCUCCCCCCGUCCACCCCCCUCUCCCCCUCCCUCUCCCCCCUCCUCACAACCACCUUCCGCAACGAGUACUUCCACCCCGACGCCUCCCUCCUCCUCUCCAACUCCCAAUCCUACCUCGCCCGCUCAGCAACCCUAAACUCCAACGCCCUAUCCCUAGCCACCUACCUCAACUCGGAAGCCCAGGACCCCUCCUCCCCCGUAAAAGCAGUUUUCUAUCCCCCCUUCCUAGACACAAAGCCCAACUACGACGCCGUAAUGCGCGCGCCAACUCCCGAGUUCCCUAACCCGGGGUACGGCUGCCUUUUGGCCGUCGAUUUCGAAUCCCUCGACCUGGCAAAGACAUUCUACGAUAACCUGUCCGUAUACCAGGGUCCUCACCUCGGUGCCCACCUCACUCUUGCCUUCCCCUUCAACGAUGCAAUCUGGGGCGUUGAGCCAGAGGCGGCGGAGUACCUCAAGACUUUUGGGGCGAACCCAGAGCAGGUCCGGGUAUCGGUUGGGUUGGAGAGUGAGGAGGAGCUGAUCGAUACCUUCAAAUACGCCGUGGAAAAGGCAAAGGGGGAAAAAAAGAGGCUGACAAGUCAAAACUGACAACAGCAGAUACAAUGACAAAAUGAAGCCCCUUAAUUCAACGUUCUAAGCUACUAUAAUCUGUGAUCAACGGAACUGAAACCAUCCGCUACUCUUGAACUUCGUAAUCCGUAUGCUCUGCAAUCCUAUACCCAAUCUCAACAAACACUCCAAAACACACCCGCUUAGUGGAAGUUCUCCGGGUGCAAAAUUCCAUGCAUAUUCCCCUUUUUGACCCUCUCCAGUGUCAAAGCCGCAAUCAAUGCAGCGCCCACGCCGCUUCCAUCCUCGGCGGCCAAGAUCUCGAUGGGGUCGUCAUCGUUGGGAUCCGCCUUUGCGGGCCAGUCGAGAAUCUCACGAAGGGCAGCCGCACCGCGCUUCUUGAAGUGAGGGUACUUGUUGAAUACCGACCCGUCAGCGCCGACGUGGCAUUCCUUAUAGCCCUUCUUUUUGCUGAUGGCAGCAACGCCGCAGGCUGAGAGACGGGCGGCACGGGUGCCAAUCAGCUCCGCAGCACGGCGGAUAAGCUCGAGCUCUGAGGGGUU